AUGGCUAUCACAUCAGGUCAAAAGCAAGCUGUAAUGGAAAACUUGCAGUUGGAAAUUACUGAGCGUGCCAGAAAGCUUAGAGCACAAUAUAAUGUUCAAGCUCAAGGUUUAAAGACGCGUAUUGAAAUUCGCGUCAAUCGUAUACCCAUUACAAUGCGCAAAAGGAAGAUUGGAGAUUUAUUCGAUAAACAUAACAAUACUGGCGCACAUACAGCGCGUAAUGAAGUUGGACCACCAGUUCCACCAAAGAAUACUCAAAAGAAGAUUCCGGUCGAAGAGUCUGAGAGUGGCCCAAGUACUCAAGUCGCACCAUCUCGUGCUAUCAAGAGGAACAGUGCUGAAGCUUCUUUGGAUAAGGAAAAUAACAUUGAGAACCCGAAGAAACGUCAAAAGGCUGCUCCUAUUCUACCUGAACGAACGACUGCCCGUGUUAACAUGAACCCAAAACAAAUACUUUCACCAAGAUCCGCCAACUCCCGAACUUUACCUGCCUCACCCCUUAAAUCUGCCCCACCAGCCAAACCCAUAGCAGUGUCCCGUCCGUCUACAAGGCAAGGACGAAAGAUUGCACCUCAUACAAAUCCAGCUGGAGCAGCUCCUGGCCGAGGAAGAUCUGCUAAUUCAACCUUGGGUCCAAACACUACACGAGGAAGAAAUGCCAGUAAUACCAGUACAGAAACUGUUAUUGUUAAAAAGGCACCAGCUGCAAAACUCAAGAAGACAGCACCUCCACAAUCUACACAACCGGCUAGCACUGCUAUCGGAAGAGUCUUGAGAAAGAGAGCAUGA